AUGAAUUCUGCAGAUACACUUGAUGAUGAAGAUACUUUUAAAAUUUUGGUUGCAACAGACAUUCAUCUUGGAUUUAUGGAGAAAGAUGCAGUCCGAGGAAAUGAUACGUUUGUAACCCUGGAUGAAAUUUUGAGACUUGCCCAGGAAAAUGAAGUGGAUUUUAUUUUGUUAGGUGGUGAUCUUUUUCAUGAAAACAAACCCUCAAGAAAAACAUUGCAUACUUGUCUGGAAUUAUUAAGAAAAUACUGUAUGGGUGAUCGUCCAGUACAAUUUGAAAUUCUCAGUGAUCAGUCAGUCAACUUUGGUUUUAGAUCUAUUCCAGAUGAAAGGUUAUAUCGAAUGUUUGUCAAUAAACAAGUAACAAUGUUGAGACCAAAGGAAGAAGAGAAUAGUUGGUUUAACUUAUUUGUGAUUCAUCAAAACAGAAGUAAACAUGGAGCCUCGAACUACAUUCCUGAACAAUUUUUGGAUGACUUCAUUGAUCUUGUUAUUUGGGGUCAUGAACAUGAGUGUAAAAUAGCACCAACCAAAAAUGAGCAACAACUUUUCUAUGUUUCACAGCCUGGAAGUUCAGUGGUUACUUCUCUUUCCCCAGGAGAAGCUGUAAAAAAACAUGUUGGCUUACUGCGCAUUAAAGGGAGAAAGAUGAAUAUGCAAAAAAUUCCUCUAAAGACAGUACGACAGUUUUUCAUAGAGGAUAUUGUACUUGCUGAUCAUCCAAAUAUUUUUAAUCCAAAUAGUCUUAAAGUAACCCAGGCAAUACAGAAUUUUUGUUUGGAGAAGGUUGAAGAAAUGCUUGAAAAUGCUGAAAGAGAACGUCUGGGAAAUCCUCGGCAGCCAGAGAAACCUCUUAUAAGAUUAAGAGUUGAUUAUACAGGAGGAUUUGAGCCUUUCAGUGUUCUUCGCUUCAGCCAGAAGUUUGUGGAUCGGAUAGCUAAUCCAAAAGAUGUUAUUCAUUUUUUCAGGCAUAGAGAACAAAAGGAAAAAACAGGAGAAGAGAUCAACUUUGGGGAGCUUAUCACUAAACCUCCUUCGGAAGGACCUACCAUAAGGGUAGAAGAUCUUGUGAAGCAGUAUUUUCAGACUGCAGAGAAAAAAUUACAACUUUCCCUUCUAACGGAGCGGGGGAUGGGUGAAGCGGUACAAGAGUUUGUAGACAAAGAAGAGAAGGAUGCUAUAGAGGAGCUGGUAAAAUACCAAUUGGAAAAAACACAGAGAUUUCUUAAAGAACGUCACAUCGAUGCAGCAGAAGAUAAAAUUGAUGAAGAGGUACGUCAUUUCAGAGAGAGCAGAAAAAAGAAUACAAAUGAAGAGGAGGAGGAGGUUCGAGAGGCAAUGAAUAGGGCCAGAGCCCACAGAGCAGAGCCAGAAGACUUAUCUUCAGGAUUUAGUGUUGAUGACCUAAUGAGCAUAGAUAGAGCAGAACAAAUGGCCAAUGAUUCAGAUGAUAGCAUCUCAUCAAUGUCCUACAAAGGAAGAGGCCGAGGAGGGAGAGGCCGAAGAGGCGGAAGAGGACAAAAUUCAGUUAGAGGUGGUGCUCGCCGAGGAAGAGGAAGCACUCAGGAGAUAUCUGUUCGUAGCCGGGGUUCUAAAGCCUUUACAUCUUCACCGACAAAAAACAUGUCUAUCAUUGAUGCCUUUAAGUCUGCACGACAACAACCUACCCGUAGUGCCACCAGUAAGAAUUACUCAGAGAUUAUCGAAGAUGAUGAUUCUGACAUGGAUGAUGACUUUUUUCCCACCACUUCCAAAGUAGAUCAAAAGUUCUCAAGUAUUUCAUCUAGUCGAAAAAGUUCCCAGAACCAGAUAGCUAAAGGAGUUGAUUUUGAAUCAGAUGAGGAUGACGAUCCCUUUAUGAACAUGAAUGCAUCCAGAAGAAGUAGAAGAUAAUUUCUGUUAGCUUUUUGAAUUUAAUGACACUCUGAA